UUUAAUUUGCAACCCAGUUACUAUGAGUGGUCGUGUCAGACGGAUGCUUCGGGCGAGCAUUUUCGCGUAAACUAAUUGAUUUCUUGUAAUUAAAUUAUAGUGAAUCAUUGUGUUAGCGAUGCAAGUGUGAUGUGAGCCAUGCGAAUUAAUAUUGUGCUAAUAUACAAACAAGAGACUUCAAAAUAGGGGAUGUAACUAGAAAACAAAAAUGGCUUCAGGAGAUACCGAUCACAUAGAAGUAAUGGACAGUUCAGCGUCUAAAAAGACGGAUAACACGACUGGGACUUCGGGCACGGACGACGAUGAUCGCGACAAGAGUUCAAUCGCUGAAAAAAAUGCACCAUACGAUCCGGCCGUGGGCCCCUCGGGGGCCAUCAGCAAGGUGCACAAGUCGGACAGGAAGAUUGGCCACCGUCGCGUCGGCGAGGGUGGCGAGAUCACCUACAAGAAGAUUCAGUCAUCACAGAUCAUGGGUUCCAUUCAGCUUGGGAUCCAGCACGCAAUCGGCGGGCUAGCCUCCAAGCCGGAACGAGACCUCCUCAUGCAGGACUUCAUGACGGUCGAGACGACGAACUUCCCCCACGAGGGAUCGAAUCACACGCCGGCGCAUCACUACUCCGAGUUCAAGUUCAAGACAUAUGCGCCCAUCGCCUUCAGGUACUUCCGAGACCUGUUCGGGAUACAGCCGGACGAUUUCCUGAUGUCGAUGUGCAGCGCCCCGCUGCGCGAGCUGAGCAACCCUGGGGCGUCCGGCAGUAUCUUCUAUCUGACCAACGACGAUGAGUUUAUCAUCAAGACUGUUCAGCAUAAGGAGGGCGAGUUCCUUCAGAAACUACUGCCUGGCUACUACUUGAACCUCGAUCAGAACCCACGUACACUAUUACCAAAAUUCUUCGGUUUAUACUGCUACCAGUGCAACAGCAAGAACGUGAGACUCGUUGCUAUGAACAACAUACUGCCUUCUUCCAUUAAACUGCAUCAGAAAUACGAUCUUAAAGGGUCCACGUAUAAGAGGAAGGCAAGCAAAGGCGAGCGUCAAAAGACCUCACCGACCUACAAAGACCUGGACUUCAUGGAACACCACACCGAGGGUCUGUUCCUUGAGGCCGACACGUACAACGCUCUCAUCAAGACCAUGCAGCGGGACUGUAGGGUGCUGGAGAGCUUUAAGAUCAUGGACUACUCCCUCCUAGUCGGCAUCCACAAUCUGGACGAGGCUCAGCGCGAGAAGACGGAAGCUCGCAAACGUACCGACUCCGGACACAGCGACGUCGACGACGCGGAGGGCGAACCCAAGAAGAGCGGGUUGAAUCGGACGAGAUCGGAACAGGGGAGGGAGGAUUUCACCGCGCAAGUCAAACGAACCCAAUCCAUCAACCGUCAGCGACUGGUGGCCCACUCCACGGCGAUGGAGAGCAUACAGGCUGAAAGUGAACCCAUCGAUGAAGAGGACGAUGUGCCUCCGGGCGGUAUACCGGCUCGCAACGCCCGCGGCGAGCGCUUGCUUCUGUUCCUGGGCAUCAUCGACAUCCUCCAAUCAUACCGCCUGCGCAAGAAGCUCGAACACACGUGGAAGAGUAUGAUUCACGAUGGGGACACGGUCUCCGUCCACAGACCGAGUUUCUAUGCGCAGAGGUUUUUAGAUUUCAUGGCUAAAACCGUCUUUAAGAAGAUACCUUCGUUGGACCUACCAGAGAUCAAGGGCAACCAUCGCAAGUUCCGUACGCUAGUCACCUCUUACAUAGGUCUAACAUUGAAACACUCGCCGUCGAAACGGAAGAGCAUCGCGAAGCCGAACAGACCCCAGGAGGAGAUUGACACGCCAGGGCGUAUCUACAUCGGCAGACCGAUUAAAGAUUACAACCCUGAUUUGUUGAGGCAGUCGCGACUAUCGCCCAGAUCGUCAAUACGAUCGAGUAUGAGCGAUUUUACUGAUACGACUAUAUCAACAUGGAAUCAGAGGCAUCCUAGCAUACAACAGCCGACCGAAUACCCUUCAGUACUCUCAGACAGACUGAAAAUCAUUGAUAGAGACAGACUAGGACCAUUCCCCAGAAGAAUAGAAUUUGACACGUCCAAUAUAAACCGAGACCCUGGUACUUCUUACGCGAACAACGUCUACCGAGCAUCAAUACAGGACCGUAUGGAAUCCUUAUCCGAUCAGCUAACCAAAGUCCUCAGUACUGGAGCCGGUAGCUCACAUAUAAACGGCAGUCUAGCUGACAGCGGGAUACAGACAGACAACACCAGUACCAGUGUACCUCAGAUAUACGUAGAGGCUCAUACCAACUUCCCAAAGAAGAAGGAUGCAGCCGUCGAUACAAGGAACGAGAAUAACCUCCAAGAUAUACCCUUCAUAGACGACGAAGACGACGACUCCAGAUGGAAACGAAGAUCCAACUUCUUAGAGAAACAUAAGAGUACUUCCAAUAUACCAGCGAGGAUCGACGAAGUCAACUCGGAACAUUCGAAUGAAAGACUAACAAACAGCCUAAACAGAGCCAAAUCACCGACUUUCGUUGAAAAAUUCAAGAAAUUCUUCGUCGAUAUUGGCUUAGUUAAAACUGAAAGUACGACUAAUAAUGAACAACAACCAAAUACAGCUAACACUCUACCUAAAAGUCUCAACUCUAGCUAUAGAAGAAGCGCAACACCGUCUUUGGAAACCAGAGAAACGUCAACCUUGCCCAAAGACAUGCGUUUCAGAAAGGUUCGAUCGACGCAAACAGUUUAUAUACGACAAGAAUCUCCAAUUAUGAACGAUAAAAGCUUUCAAAUCAAAGAGCACGUUUCCGUUGUCAAAUUAAACGGAAACGAACUUGAUAUUAAAGACUCUGAUUCAGAGAAAGUCAUCAAAGAAAUCGUCUACGUAAGGAGUAGUAUCGAGAAAGCAGAGAUAUAUUCUACUCAAGACAGCGGCAGUACGAUUAUAGUUGUUCCGCCAGCUGAUUGAGAGGUUAUGAAGGCUUAUGGUUGUACCUAAAUUAGAUUUUGAUUCUGUACUAUCGAUUAUCGAUUUGUUCGAUAAAUUCGUAGUGUAGGUGUGUAAGUGGACGCAUGUGAAAUGGGCUCUAUAACAUCUUUGAUUGUCCGUAAAUAAUGAACGAUUUUGAUGGGAAAACUUGAAGGUUGAUGUCUAUUUUCAAAGUCAUUCGCGAAACGUGAUUUUAUUGACACGUUAUUGCUAUGUGUGAUGUUAUUUGUCGGUCAUUAGUAAAAAUAUCCCCUCCACUUUACCGUCAGAGCUCUUUUUACCUGCGUUGACUUAUAAUAUAAACCGAUCAAUGUAUAAAAUCGGUCAAUACUAAUCGAUAAAUUAGAAAGCAUCGAUUGAAAUCGUUUGAAAAGACUUAGUAUAAAGCUUGAAAAUGAAUUCGAUAGUAUAUAGAGGUAGUUAAAACGCCUUGUGAAUUUAAAGUAACAUUGACAAUAAAUAUUCUUUUUUUACAUCUUAAGUCAAUGCUAUGCAUAUUUAUUACAAGGUUAUGUAGUCUUCGAUAAAUAUAUGAACGAUCAAAUUAAUUGUUAUCUGACUAUCGAGAAUAACUAUCGAAAUGCUUAGACUUUUUGGCCAAUAUAAACAUAUGUGUCAAAGAAAAUUGCUUCACACCUAUCUUAAAUAUAUGAUAGAUUAUGAAUACCUACCACCACACCUUAGGCUACGUUUUCACAAGAGUUGUGCUAACCGAGGCGAGGUGAAUGAAGCGAUUUUAUUUGUUCUAUACAAUCACAUCCCUCGCUACGUAACCUUACACAUGUCUAGUGGAAAUACAGCCUUAAAGUGAUAUAAUUUCAUUUGCGCGACGUCUAGCGGGUUCGAUCCCCGCGUAGGACAAGCAUUUGUGUGAUCCACGAAUGGUUGUUCUGAUAUCAGUCUUGGUGCA